UCCAGCGGGCUGGGCGAAGGUGAAUAUAUUAUGCUAAUAAGGAGGCUCCUGCGGGAGGGGGCGGUCUGUGCAUGAGGCGCGCGCGCACUGUCUCACACACGAGCAUCCCGGGGUAUUUAAGGCUCGCACACGCGAGGCUGCGGAGCUACUUCUGGGGCCUCGCGGCUCGCGAUUGCUGCUUGGGUCGUUCGGUUCUUCUCUCUCCUCUAUCCCUCUGCUACUUCUCGGGGACCGCGCUCUCGCCGCGUCCCUCUGCAUUUCUUUUUCUUUUCGGCCUUGAACUGAUCCAGGUGGAAGACAGGUCGGCCCCUGGAAAGCCCCAGAAUAGGUAGAGAUAGGCAGGCAGACGCAACAGGUCGGAGCAGGGAGAGAGACCCGCGAACCCUGCGCUCUGCGCCGGGGACCACUAAGGAGGUGUCGGAUCUUGAGGGGUCAGAAGAGCUGCCCUGGUGGGUUUGAUUUUUAGCUGUGACCCCCGGCCGGAGGGUCCUCUUUACUCUCAGCUGGAAGGGGAGAAUCAGCAGAAUGAUCCACAGCUGCUGAUCCGGACGCCGAGCCAAUCUCAGGUCCACCUCCGACCCGGGGCUCCGACUCCACCAACUAGUUGUGCAGCCGCAGGGACUGAACUUUGGAGGAAUCGGCCCUUCCUUUCCUUCUAAGAUUAUUGGAGGAGGUAGAGGGUGGAAGGCGUAGCGGAGACUGGCGAUCCCGCCACGAUGUUGGUGAAGAAGCUUGCAGGAAAAGGAGGGGGACGAGAACCUGGAUCAGAAGAUCCGCGCCCCUUGGGACAGCGUUGUGCCGGCACCAUGGCCUCGUGCGCGGCCCUGGCGACCCUCUUGUCAGUGGUUGCGGUGGUGUUUUGCUUGUAUCUUGGGGUGAAAACCAACGACCUCCAGGCGAGGAUUGCCGCUCUUGAAUCUGCCAAAGGAACCCCUUCCUUUCGUCCGCUGCCUGAAAUCAUGGAUGAGCUGAAGGCUAUGGUUCAGGAGAAAGUGGAGCGUCUCUUGGCUCAGAAAUCCUAUGAACACAUGGCUAAAAUAAGGAUCGCCAGAGAGGCACCUUCAGAGUGCAACUGCCCAGCAGGUCCUCCGGGGAAACGAGGGAAGAGAGGCCGAAGAGGAGAGUCUGGUCCUCCUGGUCAGCCCGGUCCCCAGGGCCCCCCUGGUCCAAAAGGCGAUAAGGGAGAACAAGGCGAUCAGGGGCCUCGGAUGGUGUUUCCUAAGAUCAAUCAUGGCUUUCUCUCUGCUGAUCAGCAGCUCAUUAAACGGCGGCUGAUUAAGGGUGACCAAGGACAAGCAGGGCCUCCAGGACCCCCAGGCCCUCCUGGUCCAAGAGGCCCACCUGGGGACACAGGAAAAGAUGGCCCCCGAGGGAUGCCAGGAGUACCCGGUGAACCAGGGAAACCAGGAGAACAAGGCUUGAUGGGACCUUUGGGGCCUCCAGGACAAAAGGGUUCCACUGGAGCACCUGGGACCCCAGGCAUGAAUGGGCAGAAGGGUGAGCCUGGAUCACCUGGAGAAGCAGGGCAGAGUGGACUCCCAGGACCAAAGGGAGAACCUGGAAAAGAAGGAGAAAAGGGAGAUGCUGGAGAAAAUGGCCCCAAAGGUGAUGCGGGAGAAAAGGGUGACCCAGGAUCAUCGGCUGCAGGAAUUAAGGGAGAACCUGGAGAAUCUGGUCGUCCAGGACAAAAGGGUGAGCCAGGGCUGCCUGGACUACCUGGACUCCCGGGGAUCAAGGGAGAACCAGGCUUCAUUGGUCCUCAAGGAGAGCCGGGCUUACCAGGGUUACCAGGAACAAAAGGUGAACGUGGAGAGGCAGGGCCUCCUGGAAGAGGUGAACGAGGAGACCCGGGAGCCCCAGGACCAAAGGGGAAACAAGGUGAAUCAGGAACUAGAGGCCCAAAGGGGUCAAAGGGUGAUCGUGGAGACAAAGGAGACUCUGGAGCUCUGGGACCCCGGGGUCCACCUGGGCAAAAGGGAGAUCCAGGAGCUACUGAGAUCAUAGACUACAAUGGCAACCUCCACGAGGCCUUACAGAGGAUUACCACCUUAACUGUCACGGGCCCCCCUGGACCUCCUGGACCUCAAGGACUACAAGGGCCAAAGGGUGAGCAAGGAUCUCCAGGAAUUCCCGGAGUUGAUGGAGAACAGGGUCUCAAAGGCGCCAAGGGAGAUGUAGGGGACCCAGGGAUGCCAGGUGAAAAAGGAGGAAUUGGACUUCCUGGAUUACCGGGUGCCAAUGGAGUAAAAGGAGAGAAAGGAGACUCUGGGUUGCCGGGGCCUCAGGGUCCUUCUAUCAUAGGCCCACCAGGCCCGCCAGGUCCCCAUGGCCCACCUGGCCCCAUGGGACCCCACGGACUUCCUGGACCAAAGGGUGAACCAGGGUUAAAUGGUGUUAAAGGAGUGAAGGGUGAACCAGGUCAAAAGGGUGACAGAGGACCCCUUGGUCUUCCAGGAGCAUCUGGCUUAGACGGAAAGCCAGGAUCCCGGGGUGCAGAUGGUCCCAUAGGACCCCAUGGCCCUGCAGGUCCCAAAGGAGAAAGAGGAGAGAAGGGAGCUGUGGGAGAGCCUGGACCCAGAGGACCCUAUGGGCUGCCUGGCUUCCCUGGUCCUCGAGGCGAGAAGGGUGACCUGGGAGAAAAGGGAGAAAAGGGAUUCCGUGGCGUUAAGGGGGAAAAGGGGGAGCCAGGCCAGCCUGGCCUGGAUGGGCUGGAUGCCCCUUGCCAAUUGGGACCUGAUGGAUUACCCAUGCCUGGCUGCUGGCAAAAGUGAUGGAUCUAACCUUCCAAGCAUGAAGUUGUGUAUAUAAUGGUCCACCUGUUAUAUUUAUAGUUGAAAAACUGUGACUUGCAGAUUUUUGCAAGUGUGGGAUCUGCUCCCCCCGCACUGUUUCUCCCUGUUCACAGUAGUACAGGCGCCCAUCUCUUCUCACAUCUGAAACUAGGCAGUGUACGGAAGUGAGGAGGCCACAGGAAAUAUAACUCGGUGUCUCUAUUUUACGUGAACAUACGUAUUUAUAGGGACAUCAGUGACAAAGAAUGAUUGCCCUCGCUCGUUUCCUAUUUGGAGCUUGUUGACUGCAUGGACAGAAAGUGCCAUGAAAUAGUUUACAUGAAAUCGUGACCAAAUACGGACUCAAAGCUAUGAACAUGUAGCACACAUUCCCUAGGAACACCCAUUCGCCCCCACCCCACCUGCUGAAACCUUCUAAAACCAGCAUGACCCUGUGCCAACCCUGCUUGUGCAAAUGCAGAUGCUUGCAUGCCACCUCACAAGUUCUCUGACUACAGCUGAGCCUUUGUUCCUUUUGUCAUCUCAAGGGGGUUACACCGUGGCUCAUUGCCAAAAAGAGAUAAGUUGCUGGAGAACACACACACAGUUGGUCUUAUAUUUUGAGGGAGCUGCAGUCCCGACUGCAGAUCCACAGAUCCUAAUAAUGCAGGCUCCUGUGACCGCCUUGGUUGAAAACCGAAGGGUUGAGUGGGUUUCUGCCACUUGUUUUCCUUGGGCUGCGCUUGGCAGUGAAGACGUCGGAAGAGGACCCGGUUCGGCAUCCUGCACUGUCUCUCGUGUGACUGAGUUGGAAGGAGAUUUAUAACCACGGAAAUCCAGAGAGGCAGGAAUUGUUUUUCUAGAUGAACUGACGUCCCAGGGGUGUUGAUCUCGGUGCUUUGGGAAAAAGUCAGAGGUAAUGCAGCUGUGUUUCCGAGACAGCGGAGCCUUGGAAUGGAAGCCCCUGUUCAUGCAGAUGGAAAGGUGCAGACUUGCCAUCAGAGCUCAGGGUGCUGAAGACACCGUGUCCUGAGAAGGACAGAAUAAGAUGUGCUUCAAAUGCCAGGGAAUCCUUAGUGCUGGCUCUACCAAAGGUAGCCGGAAAGUGUCCGUCUCUCCCUUCCUUCUGGGGUUGACACACACCAAUCGGUUUUUUUUUUUUUACAAGUUCCAGAAACAAACUGUAGUUUCCAUUCUUUCUCAUACUUUUUGUUUUCUUAGGAACAGAAACUAUUUGCUUCACUUUGGGCCUCACAGGUUUUUAAACGUUAUUUUUAAGAAAAGUUUUCAAAUCAUGUAAUGAUUUGAAUCCAAUAGUAAAAAUAACCUUACCAUCUCCUUGUUUUAAGAUAAUUGAAGAGAUUAUAAGGCUUCAUUUUUUUUACUUAAUUCAUUAUAAAGUAUGACAAGCAUUUUUUACUACUUUUUGAUUGACGUUGACAAAUUUGUUAUCAACGUGAAAGUCAAGAUUUUAUCACAUUUGAUAGCAUGAACUUGCUUCUUCUAGGUUUUUUUUUUCUAUAUUGAAGUUUAUUUCUCGAGUUUUGUUUUUACAUUUCUAAGUGUUUGUCUUAUCCACAGACCAAAUCUGAGAUCUCAGAAAGCCCUGGAAUAUAGUUGCCAGAAAAGGUCUUUUUUUUACUGACUUGCUCAAAACAUACCAAUGCAGACUUAGACUGGGCAAUUCCUUGCUGAGUUUGUGGCAUGUUUUGAAAUGACUUAUUCUAAGUGGAAGGGUGGUCUGGAGAAGCACCAUCCGUGGGAGCAGUGGUCCUAGCAGCUCCUUAGAGAAUUUCAUUUCCCUUGGUGAUUGAAUGUCAUUUUUCUGGGAACAUUUUGAGCUCAGUGUUUAGAUUUUCACCACCAGAAGGGAAAUUAGUUCACACUUAGGCUUACAACAGUGAAGAUACAAUUUCAAAAUAGAUCUUAAGAUGUCUUUCAUAUUGUGUAACCAAAUGCUCAGUCAUACAAAAUGAUGUCAUCUUUUUUCUUUGUCAUUUCUGAGGUUAGAAUUUAAAUGUUAGAUCAGACUAUCUAGUAAUACUUCUAAUAACAUUCCGCACUCCUAAGCCAAUUCAGCAUUUUUUUUUUAAGUGAAGAGUGUUUCUAACAAUUUCUUGUAUGAUAUGUUUAGGGUAAGGUAUUUCACAAUAAAUGAAACAAUUCGUCUUAAAUCAUUUGGGUCACAGAAAUGAGCCCAAGAUGACACAUUAUCUUCAGAAACAAAAAACAAAAUAACUGUAUAUAGGAUCUUGAGGACAGUCUGGUGACUAUACUCCCUCCUAUCUUCCUUUCUGUUUCUCCACUAGAAAGAGGUAUUGAGAGGGAUCAUUAUUUCACAUUUAGAGAUUCUAACGAUGGUUGUAAUAUUGAACUAGUUUCUUUAAAGUAUUGGACACACCCCUGUAGAAAAAUACUGCACAGCGUGUGUGUGUACUGGGGUUUUCCUUGUAAGGCACAUUUGAAGGAACGUGUAAACUUCUAUUUCUGUACUUCCUUGGAACAAACAACAGGAUGAUGGUAGUUCUCUAUGCUCAGUGGAUUGCUAGGUUACCCGCCAUGAGUUAACCUUGAGCUUUGGACUAUGGAAACAUAUUUACUCAUCCAUUUUGUCAUCUAACCGAGUAAUUUCCAAAGGAAUCAAUAAUGGAUUAUUGUGUUGAUACAUAUGUUUAUAGAUUGCAUUCUUUUUCAUAAAGACUUUUUUAGGGAAAUGAAGAAAAAGGGUAUGGGACACUCACUGGAGACAUGUCAAGGUCAGGUUUUACUCCCACUGUCACGUUGCCUCUCUCCACCGUUUUCCAUUAGCCUCGGUUGCUGCUGGGAAAUACCCUUCCUUUUUUUCUCAAUGGAUAGUCGACCUCUACUGCUGGCGAUUUUAUUUCUGUUUAAUGGCAUUCCUAAGCUGUUAUUGUGUGGCUUUAUUUUUGAAGUUCAUGAAUCUGUUGUAAUGUACUUCAAUGACCAGCCUUUCCUCAUGUAAAACAGCCUUCUGUGGUGCCCCUUAUCCUGUGUUCAUCAUAUAUACCAUAUGCCUUUAUCAGUUUUCAUUUACCUUUUUCUUUUUUUGAGUUCCCUCACCUUCCAGCUUACACACUGUAAGCUUGCCUGACGCAGCCAGUGCUAGAGAAGUCUGCACGCGACACGUAGGGUACCUAAGUAUGCCUGAAUCCCUCCCAUCUUUCCUUUCCCAUUAUCAAAUGUAGCUUUGGAGGGUUUUUCCUUUACCUGUUAUUUUAUGGAGAAUAUUGGAAUGUCUCUCACUCCUACCAAUAGAAAGUUCUUGGCUUUAGCCUUAUACUCUGAGUAUCUGAUGUGUUCAUGGGCAGUAUGCAUGUGUGUACUUUGUGUGUAUAUCUGCUAUCUUAAAAAAAAAUGGUCAGAUCACCAUUCUGUAUUUUUGGGGAAAUUGUCCUUAGUAUUUUUGUCACUUAGGAAAUGUGCCUAAUUGCCAAGUAUUCUUUAACAUAACAAAAUAACACUUUAAGCCCCCUCCCACUAUAUUUGUCUGAGAGUUCAGCAUCUUCUCAUAAGUGGUGGUGGGAAACUUGGAUGCUGACAUCAGAAACUUUGAUUUUCUUCCUUUCUUGAUGAUAUUCGGAUUAUUUUAAUGUUUAAUGCCUACCAAAACAUAGAAUUUAAUGAUUUUUAUAAUAAUAACAAAAAGUCCUACUAUUUUAUAAGGCUUCCUGGUGCCUUAUCAUUCCAAAAAUACUAAAAAUGGCCAGCUGUGAUCCCGGGGGUUGAGAGGUCUGACCAGUUAAAAUUCCGCCAACCUGUGUUCGGAUGUAAAGGCUGUCUGUCCCUACUUCUGUUCUCUUAAUGCAUCUUCUCGCCCAGAGGCACUCCUCUAACUUACGUUGCUGGUGAAAUUAUUUAGGGUUUUGGUUACUUCUAUAAUAACAAACAUUUUAAUGGCUUCUUUUUCCACUAAAAUGCAUUUACAUGUGUAAGCUGCCUACUCCGCUUAUUGGCAGACUUUUGGAGACGAGGAUGGACUGCGUUAUGCUUGACUUCUUGACAACAAAGAAAAUGCCAACAUUUCUCAAAAUAAGUGGAUAUUCUGACAUAUCUCAGAACUAUUCAUGAGUCGGGUUCCUGAAGAAUAUCACACAUGUUGUUGGUGUUUGGGUGGAGUUCUUCAUUGUGUUGUAAAUGUUUCAUUAAGGUGGACAUUUUAAAAAAGAUGUAUGUAUCUGAUUUAUCUUUUGGAAAUAUUAUAUUUUUUAUUUGUAUUUUUUACAUUUUAAAGUUCAUCUCUAUGUGCAGCUAUUUUUAUAUUGCCAAAAACUCACAUAAAUGCAAAGUAAGAGGGAAAUGGAAAAAAAUGACAAGUAUUUGUAAGAUGACAAGUGUUGCCUUGUAGGUUUGUUUUUUUAAUGUUUCAUGGGCCAGUCUCAUGUUCUCGGUUAUUCUAAUAAUGUGUUGUAUCUUUUCACUGUAUAUAUGGUGCAAACCUGAUUGUCUUGGUAGUGUAAAUAUUUAAAAGAUUGAAUUUUUCCCAUUUGAUUUCUCAUUUCAAUUGUAAUUUUUCCCGCUGUCAUUACUGACUCAAUGGCCUGUGAAGGCUCUGAUUUGCAAUUUGGAGAGAAUUGCUUUGGGGUUCAUUUUCUAAUUUGUUUUUAAUUUACUUUUAAAACUUGUUUUCAGGGUUCCUAGUUUGUGAGAAGUUGAUCUUCGGAAUUAUUUUUACACUAUUUAUGACUUAUUUUCAUAAUGUAAAAAGUGUGUAAUUAUUACAGUAUUAACCCAAACAGUGAUAAUAAAUUGUAUUGUUAUAAAGUUUUAAUGAUAUUCC